AUGACCGCCCUACAAAUGCUCAUAUUUGCUACUGUGACUGUGGGUAUGAUGAUUCAAGCGACGAAUGGUAGAGACCAUGCUCAAGGCAAUGGUUCAGUCACGGUUCGGUCGGGCCCCUUGUGCCAUUCAAGUGUCGGAAAGCAGCACUCUGGAUAUGUGCAUGUGGGUGGAUCGAACAGAUACUUCUACGUGGCUAUUGAAGCCGAUGCGGAACCUAGCAAGGCCCCUACUUUCAUAUUUAUCGGCGGUGGCCUUGGUGAUAGCAGUAUCGGUAUCGCCAUGGGGCUCAAUGGACCAUGCCAUGCGGAUCCAGCUGGGACUCAACAGCUGCCAAACCCAUACGAUGUGCGCACCGAAGACGGCCGUGAAUCACGGUUCUACAAGUUCAAUCCUGGAAAUGUAGAGAAGCUUCUGAACAGAAAGAAUGUUCAGGAUGAGCUGGGAGUUGCAAAGAGCUUUCAGAUGCAGAAUGAUGAAGUAUUCAGUGAUUUCCGACCCUACGCGGCUUACGAUACAACAUACUUCGUAAAUGAACUACUAGAUCAAGGAAUGAAGGUAUUCAUCCUCAAUGGCGCUGAGGACUUCGUGACUAACUACGGUGGUACAGAGAAAUGGGUCUUCUCUUUGAAUGGCCAAAUCAAUUACGGUUCGAAGCUCUCCUCGUCUCUGCGUCGGACUCUGCAAUUUCCUCGAGUUGGCGUCUUUGGAAAGUACUAUCGCUACUCGUUCGCUAACGGAGCACACCUUGCAGUUAUUAAUGUGAUCAACUCGGGACAUGAUAUGAUCUUAGACGCGCCAGAAGGAAUGCAGCAGGCAUUCAAUUCCUUCCUCUCUGGUCAACUCUGGCAAGGAUGA